UCUCUUUCUUGUCCUUUGUCAUCAUUUGUGCUUCUUUGAGUUCUUUGGUGUUCUCUGUUUUGUUUUCCUUACCCAGCUGUUUGGUGAUCGCGACAGUUCAGCUGAUGUUUGUUUUUGGGUUGGGUAGUUUGUUUGAUAUGACACAUAUUUUUCAAUUUCUCAAAAGUGUGUGUAAUAUAUAAACAUUUCCUAUGCGAUAUUAAUAUUAUAUGUAUCACAAAUAACCAUAUUAAUGAUCAAAUACUCGUUGCAUUGCUUAUGACGUAAUUUAGAUGUUCCCGUGAGAACAAAGAAAUCCAAUUCGUCAUUUUGAAAACAGAUAAAAUCUGGAAAGCAAUCGGGUCAAGCGAAUUUUAAAAAUAAGUCUGGAUAGUGAUUCAUCGGGGGACGACGGUGGAGUUCCGCCGCGUAAAAAGACCCGAAGGACCACGCAAACGGACAAGAUGCAGUCUAGCAACGGAUGUGUUCAAAAUGGGACACCCUCUUGCAGCAAUGGAGCUGCGGAGAAUGGACAUGGUGACGCAGAUAAUGCUGAUAAUGGAGUUGCUCUUACACAAACGAAUCAGGAAAUCGUGCAGCUUAUAGGACAGUAUCUCAAAAAUGAAGGAUUGACAAGGACCUGUGAUUCUCUGAUUAAUGAAUCAGGAUGUUGCUUGGAUCAUCCUGCGGCAACUAAGUUCCAACAGCAUGUACUUGACGGAGAUUGGACCAAAGCUGAUCAUGAUUUGCAAGAGUUACGACCGUUGCUGGGUCAAUCCACGAAUCUAUUGGAGAUGAAAUUCUUAAUACUCGAACAAAAGUAUUUGGAGUACUUGGAGGAUGCCAGAGUUCUCGAUGCCUUGCAUGUUUUGAGAAACGAACUCACUCCUCUGCAACAUAAUACUGCGAGGGUACAUCAGCUGUCUAGUUACAUGAUGUGUUCGAAUACGGAAGAACUGCGGGAACGCACAAAUUGGCAAGGCAAAGGUGUCCGAUCCCGUACGAUUUUGAUGAAUAAAGUACAAUCGUAUCUUCCCCCUUCCAUAAUGUUACCGCCGAACAGGCUCCAGGAAUUGCUUAAUCAAGCCCUCGAGCUGCAGGUUCUUCGUUGUACACAUCACAUAACUUCCGAAGGAGCUGCUUUACCUAAUGACACCCUAUUGGUCGACCACAGUUGCCCCAAAUCUUCAUUCCCUUUGUUCACAAUACAGAUACUUCAUGAUCACUGUGAUGAAGUUUGGUUUUGCCAGUUUUCUCCAGAUGGCAAAAAACUUGCUACUGGAUCGAAAGAUCAAAAUGUUAUCAUAUGGGAUGUUAAUCCCGAAACAUGUACUAUUUCUCUAAAGAAGGUGCUAGAAGGGCACAAUCCUGGAGCUGCUUACAUAUCUUGGAAUCCCGAUUCCAUUCACAUGAUUGUGUGCGGUCCUGAUGAGACUCCUGAGAUUUGGCUGUGGAACAUAGAAACUGAAAAUUUUCUGAAAGUAAAUCAGUCGGCAGAAGAUGCCCUCACUUGUUGUGCUUGGAAUAAAGACGGAAGUAAAUUUGUUGUUGGAGGUAUCAGAGGACAUUUCUAUCAGUGCGAUUUAGAAGGAAACAUUCUGGAUUCGUGGGAAGGAGUCCGAAUACACGGUCUGUGGUAUCGAAAAGAUGGAAAAACAGUUUUGGCAUCUGAUGCUCAUCACAGAAUCAGGUCAUAUGUCUUCGAAGAGGUUUCCGAUCAACAUAUUUUACAAGAAGACCAUCCCAUUAUGUCUUUUACUGUCCACAAAAACGACAACCUAGCCCUUCUGAAUGUGGCUACACAAGGGGUCCAUCUGUGGGAUUUGAACGAUAAAUGUUUAGUUAGACGAUAUCAAGGAGUUACUCAGGGACAUUUUACCAUUCAUUCUACUUUUGGCGGGUCCAAUCACGAUUUCAUUGCCAGUGGUAGCGAAGAUUAUAAGGUGUACGUAUGGAACAUAAGAAACGAACAACCGCUAGCCAUUCUGCAAGGCCAUGCUAAAACUGUAAAUUGUGUUGCAUGGAAUCCCGUCUACCACAAUAUGCUGGUCUCCGUUUCUGAUGACCAUACGAUAAGAGUCUGGGGACCAAAGGACAAAAUGCCUAAACCAACAGUGUCUUCAAGUAAUGGUGAGAAUGGCACUUGGAACGAUAUGGUUUCAUAGUACAGAUAUAUGUAAAAACAAAAGACUGACACCUAUCAUAUUAGCAUGAUUUUCUGAUUAUCAUUGUAUCGAAAGAGUAAAAGCGUUAAAUAGGCUAUCCUAGUUGCGAAAUGUGACUGAACAGUUCUGAUUUCAGCCAUAGGGGUAUUUCUGAUAGAAUAAUAACUUGAAGUACCUCAAGUAAUGGAGUUUGAGCAUAUUGUAAUUAAUUUAUUUUACAUACGGGAAUUAUAAUCAAUCAUAUAUCUUGUUGGUAUUGAUUUUUAACAAAUCAAAAUUUAGCGUUAAUUUUUUUGUAAUUUUUUAUAUAAUCUAUGUUUUUUUUUGGGAAUGUUAUAUAUUUAAGUUUUGAUUAAUGAAAUCUCAGUAAGUAACCUGUUAUAGCUAUUUUGUUCAACGAUCUCUUCAUUAUUUUCUAGUCCAAUUUCAAUUAUACAUCAUUGGUAAUACCAUUUGCUAGUUUUCGAACAACAUUUUUUUUUAUUGAAAUUGUUUAUGGGUUUAGGUUUUUAGCCGCCGUCUGUUACCUUUUCUUGCUAGCCCUUCAUUAGUGCGAGUGGCUGGCAUCUUCUGAGGUCUGUCUGUUUUAUCACUCCCAAGUACAAGUACGAGGCACACCAAGCUAGACACAUUGAAUUCGAUCCAUUCAUUUUGAGUGAUUUUGAGAUAUAUACUUUGCGUCAGAAACAUGGAAUGCAGGAUUUGCAUUGGGAUCUCGCUUUUCCUUUAUUGACUUCUGGAAAUGCUGUAUUUUCAUGGUGGACUUAUGAAUAGUAUUGAUGUUGUAUUUUCCAAGAAUACAAAAUUUCUUAUUAUCAACUUCUCAAGUAUAAUCAUUGACAAAUGAUUGCACUAGGAUCAAAACAUAUAUUUCUAUAGAGUUCUGCAUAUACGCUGCAGUCUCUUCAGAUUAUUCAAUAUUGCACUUGAAUUGAAUUGUAUUGAAUUGCAAGCAACAUAGAAAAAGAUAUUUUCAAUAUCUGAUAGAAAUGUCUAGAAAAUCUCUGUUGCAACACCACCUCCAAUCUUGGAAGCGAUAACACAGUUCUCUGAAGAUGCCAGACAUUUGGCGAAACUUGACAGGCUAAAAUCCUUAAAUCACGAACAGUUUGAACAGAUGACCCCUUGAGCCUAAAUUCAUAUAUUUUUCGAUUUAUCUUUCAAAGUUUAUUGAAAACAGAUAAUUUCGUGCCAGUUCAAAGAUAUUGGUCGAUGUCAGAGUAUUGUUAUGGUGUAUCGUUGUGAAUGCAAAAUAUAUUAGACCACAACACAUACAAUUCGAAUUAAAUUUAUUCGAGAUUUCAAAGAGGUUGUUACUCUAACCCUAAUCUUCAGACACAGUUAAUGUUAAGGGUAUAUAUUAACAUAAAGUGUCACAUAUGUGAUAAUUUUUCUCAGAGAUUCAAUAAUAUCAUGUUUUUUCGAAAUAAAAGGGGUGUGCAACGAUAUAGGUUGAUUUGUAGGAUAUCUAUUAUGGUAUAUUGUGUGAAAUGUAGCAAUAAAACUAUUUUUAAUUUAAUAAAUUUCAAAAGUACCAAAGUGAA